AUGGGGAAAAAAGGCAACACAUCGAAGGACUUGACUCAAGAAACUCGCACAUCUAAUGAAGCAACAGCUCCUGGAGGCUCGCACCGACCCCGUGGCAAAGUCGGUCGGUUGCUGAAGAAACUUAAGGAAAAGUUAAGGUUGUCGGAUUCCCGCAGCCGCAGCGCUGUUCCCCCGGAUGUGGAUCAUCAACAUGCUUCAUCGACCCCGAAUAUUAUCGAGGUUACUCCGUCUGACUUAGAAGUGGAGGCUGAUGUCCAAUCGGCACUUCGGGAUGCUCAAGAAGCUGCAAAGCAGAUGCAUUCGCUUUCGGGACCUGUGAUAACUGUGACGUCUGCUGCCCAAGAUGCACAAGCGGAUCUCACCGCUGUCGACGGUUUCCAGGACACAUAUCUCAAACCCCUCAAGAUAUUCGACCAUGUCAUUGGAAAGAUUGCGGAUGUACAUCCAUAUGCAAAGAUGGCACUGGGCGUGCUGUCCUGUGCAGCCAAAAUUAUUAUAGCUCAAGCGGAUCGCGACGCAGGGGUCCUCAAACUUCUCGAUAAGUUGUGUGAAGUUUACAGCUUCAUGACACAAGACGAAAUGCUUGGCAAAAUCUCGUCGAUGAGCGCUAUCCUCGGAAAGAUUUCUCAGCAGACCCGUGAAUGCGCCCAGUUUAUCAAAGAUUAUUCGGAGAUCAGCAACUUUUGUGAGUGUUAG